GGGCGGCGGGAAGAGCGGCCGCCCUCCCGGAGUCCGGAGCUGGUACCCAGGGCUCGACAUUGCCAUCUAGUGGUGUUCACAGCCCUGGGCAGCGUCUCCUUCCUCCCCACAUCUCGGGCGGGCCUGGAUCACAGAGAAACGCCCCCAGAGAGAAUUGCUGUCUGAAUGCCCCCGGGAGACCCCCCAGAAAGAUGGUGGUGUGGAGGGCGGGAGACACCAUGCCUCACCUUUUCUGCCGCUGGCAGCUUCCCCAAGAGGACCCAGAGCGGAACUAAACCACCUGCCACCUCCUUGGAGACAAGAUGUCCCCGAAGGAGACAAGAAAGAGGUCUCUCCUCUUCUGGGAAAGCUAAGUAGGGGGGCCGGCAAGGAGUGGGAGGGGAUCCUUAGUUCUUUGGUUUUGAACAGUGGCGAGUAGAGGCAGGAAAUCAACCUGAGGCGGGUUGAGGUUGAGAAGGUGGCUCCUGGGUUCUAAUCCUGCCCCUGCCCCUACUUACACACUGGAUGACUUUGGGCCAGCUAAUUAACAUUGUCCUCAUCUGUAAAAAGAUACUUACAUCAGUGAGAUGGGGAUACUAUUAGUACCUGCCUUAUCAGGCUUCUGCGAGGAUUAAACCAGAUAAUCUAUAUAAAAAACUCAGAGGGGUUCCUGACUCAUAGUUAACAAUAAACCAAGGCUAUUAUGUUUUUCAUAUUUGGCACCUCCAACCCUGUUCCCAUCUCGCUGGCCUGCGUCCUGGCCUGGGGAGGUGAAAGCAAGGCUCUCCUUGGAGCUGGCGGACCGUUGCCCACCCUGCACCUGCCUGCAUGUGCCUGGGGAGGGCAGCCUCUCCAUGCUGGCGGCCCCAGCUCCGAGGGCGACACCCGGAAUCUCUCCAAGCUGAAAGGAGCUGUCAGAGACCCCAGGGAGGGUGGUGUUCAGUCUUUGCCCUUGACUCGUUUGUGACCUUGGAGAUGGCCACACCCCUCUUUGAGCCUUUCCUCCUGGGAACCAAGGGUUUGGACAGACACUGCCCGCCCACUACCGCUAACCAAAAUGGCGAACUUCACACCAGUCAACGGCAGCUCGGGCAACCAGUCUGUACGCUUGGUCACAUCGACCCAUAACCGCUACGAGACGGUGGAGAUGAUAUUCAUCGCCACGGUGACAGGCUCGUUGAGCCUGGUGACUGUCGUGGGCAACAUCCUGGUGAUGCUGUCUAUCAAGGUCAACAGGCAGCUGCAGACGGUCAACAACUACUUCCUCUUCAGCCUCGCGUGUGCCGAUCUCAUCAUAGGCGCUUUCUCCAUGAACCUCUACACCGUGUACAUCAUCAAGGGCUACUGGCCUCUGGGCGCCGUGGUCUGUGACUUAUGGCUGGCCCUGGACUACGUGGUGAGCAACGCCUCUGUCAUGAACCUUCUCAUCAUCAGCUUUGACCGGUACUUCUGCGUCACCAAGCCCCUCACCUACCCGGCCCGGCGCACCACCAAGAUGGCAGGCCUCAUGAUCGCCGCUGCCUGGGUCCUGUCCUUCGUGCUCUGGGCACCUGCCAUCUUGUUCUGGCAGUUUGUGGUGGGCAAGCGGACCGUGCCAGACAACCAGUGCUUCAUCCAGUUCCUGUCCAACCCAGCAGUGACCUUCGGCACAGCCAUCGCUGCCUUCUACCUGCCCGUGGUCAUCAUGACGGUGCUCUACAUUCACAUCUCCCUGGCCAGUCGCAGCCGGGUUCACAAGCACCGGCCCGAGGGCCCUAAGGAGAAGAAGGCCAAGACUCUGGCCUUCCUCAAGAGCCCCCUGAUGAAGCAAAGCCUCAAGAAACCCCCACCGGGGGAAGCCGCUCAAGAGGAGCUGCGCAACGGCAAGCUAGAGGAGGCGCCCCCACCGGUUCUGCCGCCGCCGCCGCGCCCGAUGGCCGACAAGGACACUUCCAAUGAGUCCAGCUCCGGCAGUGCCACGCAGAACACCAAGGAACGACCACUCACAGAGCUGUCCACCACAGAGGCCACCGCGCCUGCCAUGCCCGCCCCUCCCCUACAGCCGCGGGCCCUCAACCCGGCCUCCAAAUGGUCCAAGAUCCAGAUUGUGACAAAGCAGACGGGCAACGAAUGCGUGACAGCCAUCGAGAUCGUUCCCGCCACACCAGCUGGCAUGCGUCCGGCGGCCAACGUGGCCCGCAAGUUCGCCAGCAUUGCCCGCAACCAGGUGCGCAAGAAGCGGCAGAUGGCGGCCCGGGAGCGCAAGGUGACACGGACCAUCUUUGCCAUCCUGCUGGCCUUCAUUCUCACCUGGACGCCCUACAACGUCAUGGUCCUGGUGAACACCUUCUGCCAGAGCUGCAUUCCCGACACGGUGUGGUCCAUCGGCUACUGGCUCUGCUACGUCAACAGCACCAUCAACCCUGCCUGCUAUGCCCUCUGCAAUGCCACCUUUAAAAAGACCUUCAGGCACCUGCUGCUGUGCCAGUAUCGGAACAUCGGCACUGCCAGGUAGGCAGGCAAGGGUGCCCCAGAAGGUGCUGGUGGUCACGUGUGUGUGCUGAGCCAUGUGGUCUCUCCCGUGGCUGUCAGGGAGAGAUUUGGAAGCAUCUCUCCGUGUUCACGUUCGCUGAAGAGAACUGAGGUCCCCAAGACCCCGUGAGGCUCAGGAAGAAUCUCUGGCAGGAUUCAGAGAGACCAGAUCUCUGCUCAGGCUGAGGAGGGUCAGCCCCAGAAGCGUCUGAACCAAGACUGCCUGGCCCACCUCUGUUGCCCUGCCUCAGGGAGCUGGGAGGCACUGGCCUCCUGGGGCACCUGCCCCACUGUGACCAACCAGCAUGGCUGAAAUAAUGACAUCUGGAGGGAAGUAAAAGCCCAGGAUCCCCCUUGGGAGGAGCAAAGGAGCCACUGCUUUGGAAAGGAGGCUUCGGAAAGGAGUGGAAGGCUAGGGUCCCCCAUUGUGCCGUAGUUGGUGCUUUCUCCCUGCUGCACCCCGCAUGUAGGCUCAGCCCCUCCUCCCGGGUCCCGUUCCAGGGGCAGAGCUCUCCCCUUGCUGCAGCUGUUCAGCCAGGCUCUGGGUGGGUGGGCUCUCAGGGCCCCUUGCCACAUGCCCCUCGCAGCCCUGCACGUUCAGGAUGGGGUAGCUGGGAGGUCAAGGGUGCACACUCAGGAACUGAGGUCUGGCUUCCUGAGGUCCCAGAGAGGCCCAACGGAUUCUGAAGAGUUCUCCCAGCAGGCUUCUGCAGUGAGGGAGGCCUGGGUCACAGGCGAGAAUGGGGGCGGACUUGACUGUCACAGGCUUCAGUGACAGCGAGGGCCGGGCCGUACCAAAAGGCCUUUGGUUGAGUGUGGCUGACAUGGGGAGUGUCAGUUCUAGGGAAUCUCCCAGGUUCCCUCCCAGUCCUGGUGUGGCCCCUGGAAAGACCAGACUGAAAGGCUCAGGUGACUUGAUGGGGGUCCCCUUUCAGGAGUCCGUAGGGGCCCUGGGAGAAAUUUUCAUAACCGUUCUGCUUUUCCCAUGAGCUCUGGGGAGCAUUCACCGCCAAGCCCCCCGGCCCCUAAAAGCCACAGUUCCCACAGCCUUCCCUUUCCUUCACCAGUUCCUGCCCCAACAAAUUACCACAGCAAACUCCCUGGGAAGGGGCUUUUAUAUAUUAAAAGAAAAGCUUUUAUUGGGGGGAAAAAAACACAACGGUUUAUUUGUUUCUUAGUAAUGGCAUCUUUGUGGGGAAGGACAAAAGGGGGUACUGGGAAUCACAUCCCUCUGGGGCAGGAGGCUCAAGUGGUCCACAGUCCCUUGUUCCUCCCCAUUUGGGACACUUGGGGGUGGAGAAGUGAAAGGGAAGAAGCAGGGUAUGAUUGAUAAAGCUAAUGAGUAGACAAAA